AUGGCGGUGACCACAGCGGCAUCUUCAUCAUCAGCUGAGUUGACAAGUGAAGGACCAGUCCUCACCCUCAUCAACAAACGCAUUCGCUCCCUCCGCAAGAAGCAGAAUCGUAUACUCCAGAUGGAAGAGUCCCUCUCCCAGGGCAAAACCCUAAACAAGGAGCAAGAAGAAACCCUUAAAUCCAAACCCUUCGUCCUCGCCGGAAUCGAUGAGCUCGAAAAGCUCCGUCAGCCCCUCGCCGACGCUGUGGCUCAGGAAAUCGCUAUCGCUUUCCAUAUAAAGGAAUCUGAAGCCACAAUAAAGCAAACCCCUGAUGAGGAAACCCCAAAGCCCGAGGUGGUGGAGCAAUCAUCGGUGGAGGAAGAGAAGUCGAAUUCAGAGGGCGUUUAUGUGAUUUCUGAUCUGAUGAAUCUGCUCUAUUUUGGGAGUGUGUUUGAUGUGAAGACCCUGAUGAGGGCUCACGAUAAUAUGCUCACGAGGACUCAUGAAAGGCAUUGUUGUUUGACUUAUGAUUAUGUUACGGAUGAUGAUGCCAUGGAUCCCCUGAAAGAGCGGGAUUUGGACCUGAUCUCGAUGCUUGGGAGUAUGUUGCUCUCGCGGCCUGUGGACUCAAGCUUGUCCCACAAGAAUGCACUUCAGAAGUGUGUCGAGCAUGCCAAGCUAUGGCUUGCCAACUCAGAUCAGCCCAUCGAGCCAAACUCUAAUGUCACUUAUGCUGGAUUGAGGGAGAAGUUGAAUAAAAUUAUGGCUUCAGACUACUUUACAACAACACCAGAGAUGAAAGGUCCCAUUGAAGUUGCAGCAGCUGCUGGGAACUAUACAUCUUUUCAGGUUCCAGUGCAUGGGUCUGUGGUGCCAGUCCAAGUUGAAGUUUCAGCUGCAGCAUAUGAGCAAGAGGCAGAGGAAUCACCUAGUGUGCAAGCACAUGGAAAUGAAGUUUAUGAUGAUCUAUCUGAUCAUGUGGAAGAACAUCAUCUGGGAGGAGGAUCAGAAGUAGAAAACUCUGCAGAACAACAAUCUCAAAUGAAGCCUGUCACCCCAGAUAUAGAAGUGGAGCAAUUUUCUAGGGAUCAUGAAUCAAAGGAUCAACAGUAUGUUCCUCGACGGUCGUAUCAGAAUUAUAGAGGUGGACGAGGUGGGAAUGUAGGUGGCCGUAGAGGAGGAUAUCCUAAUGGUCGUGGAGGUCGAGGCACUGGUCGGGGAGGCAAUCAGAAUGGCCGCAGCCAAUUCUACGACCAGCCAGGCAAUUAUUACCCCCGGAACAAUCAUUUCAGAGGAAGGGGUGGCCGGGGUUUGAGUGGGAAUUUUGGUUACCAUGCUGGUCAAUCUGCCCAUGUUCAAGCAGAAUCAUAA